AUGUUGAGGAUUAAGAUCAACGAUUACUUUGAAUUCCCUCAGAAGAUCAAUAUGUUUAAGUGGACACGAGAUCAUAUAGUAGAGAAUAUGGAAGUUGAAGAUUAGAGUGAUUCCAUGUACAUUCUCAAAGGAGUGUUGGUGCAUGUUGGGAGUGCAGAAGGUGGACAUUAUUACUCGUAUAUUCGAGAUGUUGAUAAGUGGUAUGAAUUCAAUGAUAAGGUGAUUUGUCCAUUUUAGAUUGAGAACCUCAAAACUGAAUGUUUUGGAGGAGCCAACAACAACCUUUCAGAAUGGGGAAUGAGUAACAGUAAGAAUGCAUACAUCUUAUUCUACGAGAAGGUCAAGCAUAAUAUUCCAGAACAGUUCUAUUUAAAAGGUAGCAAUGAGGAAAUAUUGAUUCAACACGUAAUUAGUGAGAAUACUGAGUAUUUGAAGAGUCAAUUGUUUUGUGUUCAGGAUUACUUGAAAUUCAUCUAAACAUUUGCAUCGACAAUGUAGAUCAAAACUCCCUAUUAAGUGACUCACUAAUUAUCGAAGGAAAGCAAUUUGAGUGAAUUAGACAAUCUUCCAUCAUUAAGAAUGAUUAAAUUGCUAACUUUCUUCACUUAUGAAGUCUUACUUCGAAACAAGGACUAAUAGAUGUUUUAAUAUAAUAUGUAGGUCUUGAGUGACUUGUACAAAUAAGAACCAGCUGCUAAUUUCUGGUUUUUAGAUCUUUUAAGAAAUCACAAAUUGCUGAUCAUUGACUUAUUGAUCGAAUCUUCAUAUUCAGAUGUCAGAAAUGCGUUUGCACAAUUGAUUAUUCAAUCGAUCACCAUAAUCGUCGAAUAUGAACAACACUACUUAUUUGAAGAUUCGUGCAUAGGUCGAUUCCUUCAGUUCUACAUAUAAUCACUUUUAAAGGUGGUGAAGAGUACUCUCAGGAGAGGAACAGAGUACUUCACAGUAAUAAAGAAUAUUUUAACCAACAACCAGCUCUUGGUGAAGCACUUUUAUUAGUAAGAAUACUUCAAAUAGGUUUAUUAAUUAUUACAAGAAACAGUGACAGAAGCACAUGUAUAUACAUCAUUUAAAUUACAGUCAUUGUAAACUAACAACACCGAUUAGCCAUUGAUGGUGAUCUGUGAUAUAAUUACUAAAGUGAUAAUUAGUUGUAGGACCUAGAGUAUGAUUGAAUUGAAUGAGGAUGCUCCGACUUACCAAUUCAAAGGACAGAAGGAAUUGGAUAUUGAUUAGUUCUGGUUGAGCAGAUUGUUGGAUACUGAUGAUUUCAAGAAGUACAUAUUGGCUAUGAUUCAAUUCCAGCCGAAUUUGAUUGAUAUGAUCAAACAUGUUUGUUGGAAGAAUUCUAAAAUCAGUUCUCAAAUCAUGACAUUGAUAGUAACCUAAUUCUUAGAUUUUCUAAUUGAGUGGCAAUACUUGGAACCUCUUUCUUAGACAGUUGAAGCCUUGUUAAAAAUGGAUGACAAUUUGGUGGAAUUGCGUUUCCAAUGUUUAUUGUGUGAACCCUUUAAGAUCUUAUCAUGUGUAAAGGGUUCUUCGAUAAUGAAUGCUAUUGUGUCCAACUUUGAUAAGGAUAAGAAUUAUGGUUUUUGUAUGAUAGCAAUACUUGCAAAUUUGGCAUCUCAAGUCAACUAUGUUGGGGAGUACUUCAAGAAAAAUAAGCAACAAUUCGAAAUAUUGCUUUGGAAAGCUAGAGAGUAUAAGAAUAUCAAUUAUGGCUUGUACUUCCCAGUCAUGAAGAUUUAAAAAUCUAUACAAUAGUUAUCUGCAAUUUUCGAAGAACCUGAAAAACCAAUAAUUCAAUUCUCCGAUGAAAAAUGUAAUUAAAUGGUUCAAGAAGAGCCUGAACCAGAAGAUUCCAAUCUUCAAGUGAUUCAUCUGAUCCAACAGAAUGAGAUCAACUAUACUUAGACUAAAGAUGACUCAAUGGACAAUAACAACCCAUCUGAUAGAGAGAAUCCAUCUGAUAGAGAGAAUCCAACUGAUUAAUUAUCAGAAUGA